UUGGGGUGUCUGCUUCUCUCAAUCUUAGAUUCUAGAUGUCAAGCCCCACAAUUUGCUCCGCAAGUCAAAACUGGGUCUCACUAAUAGCAGUUCCAGUUUUUGCACCACAGUUGCCAAAAAAUCUAACGACAAGGAUAGAAAGGUUUUUUGUGUUUGAGCUAUCUUAGAAUUGUGAAAUAUUCACAGGAUUGAUGGCAGACUGUCUCACUGAAUGCUUUUCUAUCAUGAAGGUUUAUGUUCGCGAGCAGGAAGCAGUGCCACCCUUUAUUUCAAUGGCUGAGAUGAUGAAAAAGUUCGAUUCUAGUACUAGAGACUUGUCACUGCCACACAUACUUGGAAGUGAAUUUGCAUGUCUUCCGACUCUUUCUGCCCAUGUUGUUUGUUCUUGCACUUAUCACAUUUUCCAAAUUUUUCACCAUUGUUUGUUUCCUAAAAAUCCCUUCCAUUAUCCAGAAGAAGCCUACACUGACGUUGACAAGGCCCAGGGAACCUGGAAACUACUCAGAGUCCGCUCAGUCAAGGUUAAGAGUACAGCUGAGCUUGAGGAAGAGAUGAUGGCUAAGAUUCCAAAGUUCAGAGCUCGCCCGCUGAACAAAAAGGCACUGUUUUCUGCUUGUUUAAUUUCCUCCAUAUCUGUUAAUAUAGUUUGCUUGUUUACUUAACCAGUUUGUUCUUCUUGUUUCCAUUACAGAUUCUGG